AUAGUAUGAACAUCCUUUUGUAUCAGUUUAGUAAAUUUAAGUUCUUGUAAAUACAUAGAUCAUUUUACAGGAAAACUGGUUAGGCUGGAUAAUUAAAGUGGUUCUGGCGUGGUAUCAGCAACUCAAGUAUCAUGUAGUAAUUGUGUAACAAAAGUGAAUCUGCUUUUCCAGACCUAUUAUGAGUCUUGACUCAUAACUAGUAACAAGGAACACAAGAUUGUGCACAUCUAUUUAAUUUUGAUAGAGAAAUUUGUCACAGUUAGAUCGUAGUUACACAUUGAUAGGAUUUAAGAAAAUAUAAUCGCAGCACGAUGCAGUCGUUAGAAAUAAAGCAAAUAAAUUUAGAUCAGCCUAGAUUUGAUCAGAGUACAUAUUUUGGCCGGUGUCGGCAUUUUUUUAACACGACAAAUCCUCUCAAUAUUUUGUGCACUGGGUCGGAACUCGCCAGUGCGAAGGAUAUUGUGACCAAACACAGAAAUGGAGAAAGCACCGGCUUAUCGGAAGAUGAGUUGUGGAAGGCAAAAAAUGUGUACGACUCUGCCUUUCAUCCGGAUACAGGCGAGAAAAUGGUGCUAAUUGGCCGAAUGUCAGCCCAGGUGCCAAUGUGUAUGAUUAUCGGGGGCUGCAUGUUGACAUUCUACAAGAGCACUCGAGAAGUAGUUUUUUGGCAAUGGUUUAAUCAAUCCUUUAAUGCAGUGGUCAACUAUACGAAUAGAUCUGGGAAGACUCCAAUAACUGUGGAACAAUUGGGUACGUCUUACGUAUUUGCCACAACUGGAGCGUUGGCUGCCGCAUUGGGACUAAAUGCAUUAGUCAAAAAAUCGCCUCCACUUGUGGGAAGAUUCGUACCGUUCGCUGCCAUUGCAGUGGCCAAUUGCAUCAAUAUCCCGUUAAUGAGAAUGAAAGAAAUUAAUGAGGGUAUCCCUGUUAUGGACAAGAAUGGAAAUGAGUUAGGUAAUUCAAAAGCCGCUGCGAAAUAUGGAAUUACUGCAGUCACAUUUAGUAGAAUUGUGAUGGCUGCACCAGGAUUCGUAAUUCCCCCAUUUUUUAUGAACUAUCUUGAAAAACGUGGAUUUUUGGCACGCUACCCGCGCUCAUCCGCACCUAUUCAAAUUUUAUUCUGCGGGUUGUGCUACACCUUCGCGACGCCGCUCGCAUGUGCACUCUUCCCCCAAAAGGCAUCGAUAAGUGUUUCCAGUCUCGAGCCAGAAAUUCAGGAUCGGAUAAGAAAGCUGCCAACUCCUGUGGAGAAAGUUUACUUCAACAAAGGGUUAUAAAUUUGGAUAAUCAAAGACAAUGAGAUUCUAUUUAAUUAGUACAUAUACAUGAUAACCUGUACAUAUUUGGAUGCGUCACUAGUCCUACUUAAGCUCAAUAACUGCCAUUACUGGUCAAAAUACUUAAUAAUAUGAAAUAAGCGUAAUUGAGUGGUUAAAAAGAUGCUGGUACAUGUGUAAGCGUGCAAUAAUAUGAACAUGUAAUAGUACUGUGAUUUAAUUACACUUUAUUCAGAGAUUACUUAGGGGCCGGACAUAUAGCAUGUGAUGGAUUUUCAGAGAAUUUUGAACCCUACCCCUUGGUGUGACCUAUAUGAUUCCUUGACCCCUGUCCCUCUCAAAUCGAUCACAUGCUUUUUGCACAGUCCCUUAGAAUAAUGAUAAUAAGCAAAAUAAAUUUCUGCCAACCACAUAA